CGUGUGCUUGGGGAAGCAAGCUCUGGCCCGCCGUCGUAGGCGCGCUCUUUCUCUCCCUUCUCCCUGCGGAUCCGCGUUUGCGCCGGACGCGUCUCGUGUACUCCCUGCACCCUCCCGCAGGAGAUGCUGAGCUGAGAGACGCCUUUCUUGGCCAGGCAGCGGCGGCGGCGGCGGCGGCGGUUUCAUUCUUCAUCUUAGCAACAGCGGCAGCCACCGCCGCCUCCUCGAGCCCGGCGGAUCCGAGUGGCAGCAGGUAGCCGCCGGGCGGAGUAACCAUGGCCAAGACCCGCAAGGAGAGGAACAGCUGGGGUGGGUUUUCGGAAAAAAGCUAUGAAUGGAGCUCAGAAGAGGAAGAGUCUGGUGGGAAGGCCCACCCGGUACAAGUGCUCAUUGUGAAGGAUGACCACUCCUUUGAGCUGGACGAAGCUGCUCUCAACCGCAUCUUGCUCUCCAAAGCUGUCUGUGAUCGGGAGGUGGUGGCUGUGUCCGUGGCCGGGGCUUUUCGGAAGGGAAAAUCGUUCUUGAUGGACUUCAUGCUGAGAUACAUGCACAACAUGGAGUUGGUUGAUUGGAUUGGGGAUUUUAAUGAACCACUCACAGGAUUUUCUUGGAGAGGUGGAUCUGAACGGGAGACAACUGGCAUCCAGAUUUGGAGUGAAAUCUUUCUUGUGGACAAGCCAGAUGGGAACAAGGUUGCUGUACUUCUAAUGGAUACUCAGGGCACCUUCGACAGCCAGUCAACACUGCGAGAUUCAGCCACUGUCUUUGCUCUGAGCACCAUGAUCAGCUCCAUCCAGGUGUACAAUUUGUCACAGAAUGUACAAGAGGAUGAUCUUCAGCACUUGCAGCUCUUCACAGAAUAUGGAAGGCUAGCCAUGGAAGAAACGUUCCUGAAGCCGUUUCAGUCUCUUAUUUUCCUUGUUCGUGACUGGAGUUUUCCCUAUGAAUUUGCUUACGGGGCUGAAGGUGGAGCCAAAUUUUUGGAAAAACGCCUCAAGGUUUCUGGAAACCAGCAUGAAGAGCUGCAAAAUGUGCGGAAGCAUAUACACUCCUGCUUCACCAACAUCUCCUGUUUCCUUUUACCUCAUCCGGGUUUGAAAGUAGCUACAAAUCCCAAUUUUGAUGGGAAACUUAGAGAAAUAGAUGAUGAUUUCAUCAAAAACUUGAAAAUCCUGAUUCCAUGGCUAUUGAGCCCCAAGAGCCUGGAUGUCAAGGAGAUCAACGGAAAUAAGAUCACCUGCCGAGGCCUUGUGGAAUAUUUCAAGGCCUAUAUUAAGAUCUACCAAGGAGAAGAGCUCCCUCAUCCAAAAUCAAUGUUGCAGGCCACUGCAGAAGCAAACAAUCUGGCAGCUGUUGCCACUGCAAAAGAUACUUACAACAAACGAAUGGAAGAGGUGUGUGGAGGUGACAAACCUUUUCUUGCUCCCAGUGACCUUCAGAAUAAACACCUGGAACUCAAGGAAGAGGCAGUGCGGCAAUUCCGUAGUGUGAAAAAGAUGGGGGGUGAAGAAUUCAGCCGUCGCUACCUCCAGCAAUUGGAGGCAGAAAUUGACGAGCUCUAUGUCCAGUAUAUCAAGCACAAUGACAGCAAGAACAUCUUCCAUGCUGCUCGCACCCCAGCCACCCUGUUUGUUGUCAUCUUCAUCACUUACGUCAUUGCUGGUGUCACAGGCUUCAUUGGAUUGGACAUCAUAGCCAGUCUCUGCAAUAUGAUCAUGGGGCUAACUCUGAUCACCCUUUGCACAUGGGCAUACAUCAGAUACUCCGGGGAGUACAGGGAGCUGGGGGCUGUCAUAGACCAAGUGGCAGCAGCACUCUGGGACCAGGGCAACACAAAUGAGGCUUUGUAUAAACUUUACAGCGCAGCUGCCACACACAGACAUUUGUACCAUCAUGCUUUCCCUACGGCCCAGAAAGUGGAGCCCAAGGAAGAGACAGAAAAGAAGAGUGUGUAAUCCAGAUGCUUUCCACAGAGAUGCAAGAAAUACAUCAUUAAAACACAUUAAUCACUUCUGCAUCCAUGUACCAAUCUCUGGCACUCCUCAAAACGGAAGAUAGAGAAAAAUGGUAACUCAUUCACAUGCACCAAUGGCUUAAGUGUGGCUGCUUUAAUUUGGACAGUGCCCUGCUUGAGAGCGGAUGAAUCAGCAUGACUGUCAUUUUCUUUUAAAAAAGGAGGCAGUGACUUAAUUUUGCUGCAGACUCAGGUCUCUUUGGUUCUCUAGAAAUUGCUGUUACUUUCAGAUCUUUUUAAGAGCAUAAGGCCAGAGCCGGAGAUACUAAUUGUUUCUCCUUUCACACCAGAUUUUUUUUCCUUUCAGCUGAGCCAUGCCAUCCCAAAGGAGCAAAUUGGGAUGUAGCAGCAAUGCAGCUGACGAUCAUGUACACAACUGCUUGUGUGGGCUUCUCUGAAUCUGAGUCCCUUGAGUCAUUAAGACCACUUUAGGCUUUCUAGGAGAAAAAAAAAUAAAAGACUCUUGAGUCAGAAUCAACUCCUGGUAACUUCACGGACACAUCCAUGCAGUUUGAUGAAGAGAAGUAUGCAAAUUAAAUCUUUAUGUGCACUUGGGAGGAUUUUGUGAGGAAAACCUGAUGAAUAAAAGUAAUGGUCUACCUGUAAUCUCUACACUUAUUUAAGUGGGGUUAUCCUAACAUUGCCCAAUGUACACCUAAAGGUUUUGAUAGGCACACUUUUCUUCGUACAGCUUAUUCACUUGCCUUCUCUGAAGUUGCAGAAAUUUCUUUUGCUAUGAUAUGUUAAAGAGAUGGAAAAGCCUUUUUUAACAUGUCUUUGAAAAUUCCACUGUAUAUAUAUAUAUUUGUUUAGUGCAUAAAGAGUGUUC